AUGAACAAGAUAACCGGCUUGCAGUUGGCAUUCUACGAUCUUCGAUGUCGCCGCAACUACAAAAUCCUCGAGUGGCACCGGCGCUACGGGCCCGUGGUCUGCAUCUCACCCAACGAGGUCUCGAUAGCGUCGCUGGAGGGGACUAGAGCGAUUUACGGGGCGACACAGGGAUGGGCCAAGAGUAACUACUUCGACCAUUUCACAGGCUACGGUCAGCGGUCUGUAUUCGCAACAAAACCGUACCAGGAACAUCGUGAAAAGCGCCGGUUUACGUCAGCAUUCUAUCAGGCGUCGACCAUCUACAAGCUACCGGAGCUCGAACGAUUCGUCUACGACCGCUGCCGGGCAGUUCUUGGCAAUGUUGAGCGCAGUGACGGCGAGGUAGACGUGUACAGUCUCACGGACUGGUACGCUCUGGAUAUCAUCACUUAUCUCGUCUUCGGUCGCGAACACAGCACGCGCAGCGUCGAUCACGCGUGCCCGGAACGUGUCAUUUUCAAGAGCCUCAAAAAGCUGCAGUUCGCCGGCCCGUGCCGGGUCCGCUUCCCGAUCGUAUUCUCGUGGCUGUCUCGGCCCCUCGGACGGUGGAUUCCUUGCCUGAGAUUCCUUUUGGCAGACGACGAGUUGGCAGAUUGGUGCCAACUGCGCAUUUCGGAGGCAAUGGAUGACCCCUUUCUUUGCCGCUCCCCUUCUCUACUCCGCCAGCUCCUGCAGCAACGAUGCGAUCGUGAUGGAAAGCUCCUCGACCGCACCUUCGUCGCCGCUGAGGUCCUCGAUAACAUUAACGCCGCCGAGGCCACUGUUGCGGUAACGGCCACGUAUCUCAUAUGGCUGCUGAGUGAGCACCCUUACUGGCAGCUGAAGAUACGGGAAGAGUUAAGCGCCCUGCCCCUACAAAGCAACAACUUUGUGUCCUUUAGCGACAUCAACAGCCGAGCUCCCGCAUUGGAGGCUUGCCUGCGCGAAGCCUACCGUCUGUACCCGGCGUCCAGCGGGCGGUCUGAGCGCAUUGUCCCUAAGGGAGGCUAUGAGGCAUCUGGGGUCCUGCUGCCGGAGGGUGCCAUCGCCACGAGCUCAGUCCUCUCUCUGCACCGCGACGAGGAAUAUUUUCCGGAUCCGGAAGAGUUCGCCCCCGAACGCUGGCUCGGGGCGGAUGCGUCAACCCACAAGGCACGCGAGGCUCGGCUCGUUCCUUUCGGCUACGGUGGGCGCAUCUGCCUUGGCAAGGCUCUUGCGACCAUGGAAAUCAAGAUGCUCAUCGCGGCCUUGUAUCUCGAGUACAAGAGCACCGUGACGGCGUCGUCGACGCCAGAAUCAAUGAGCCAAUGCAGCACUCAUGACGCCGUGCCCUGGGCGCUGGAAUGCGUGAUUCGCUUCCGGAGAGUGCAAUCAAAAAAGGCCGAUGAGGGAGGUGGAUUUGAGAGAGAGGGGCACGCUUAG